AUGUCGCCUCCCCGAUCAAGACACCAUAUGCACGGCACAAAACCUGAGCUCCGUCCCACGGAGCCCAGCAUCGAGCUCAGCGAGGACGUCAAGGAGAGUGAGGACCACGGGCGAAGUCGAGGGCUUUGGCCGCAGUCAGGUGUGGGAGACGGCCGUCUGCACGGUGCCGUCCUGGCGGUGGCUGCCGUUCCCGGCUGUGCUGGUCGUCUUGACGUCGCCCGGCCCGCUCGUUCGGACAUUAACUAUGUCCGCCGUCCCAGCAGAGUCAUUCGUGGCCGGCAAUGUACCAAAGUCUAUAGUACAUCAAAGUCCUAA